CCCGCCGCCGCCACAAUAUCAUUUCAUGGUCGGACAUCGUGCUAGUAGUACGUAACGAAUGUGUAUAUAUUAUUUUAUGAGUAAAACAACAAGCCAUUUUAUUGUGUUCUUUGUUUAAAGUGUUUAAACUCUUCUUCAUAAACGACUGGAAAGAAAUGGAGAACGACUCUUUGCCCAUAUAUCCUAAAGUAUAUCCCUCGGCUCAGAUUCAAAAGAAAAUGGAUAGCACCACUAUUCCAUUGACAACUCAACCUUCUUUUAAUCAAGUAAUGGCACCAACGCUACUGGGACCUGAAAACAGCAUAACAGUAUGCCAAUUUUGUCAGGCGUCAAUAAAAACUUCAAUCAAGUACACCGUUACUGCACGAACUCACAUAGCUGCUGCUCUUUGCGGCCUUAUAUGCUGCUGUUGCUGCAUACCAUACUUGUCAGAGUCCGCGAAGAACGCCGAUCACUAUUGCCCUAAUUGCCACAAAUAUCUUGGCACGUAUGAGAAGUAAAUAUUCGAAAUUUGAAGGCAAAUAUUCAUAUAAUGUUUUGGUAUUAUAUACACCUUUCUUUUUCUUAGGUAAUAUUAUAGUUAUAUAUUAAUAUUAUAGUUGUUAUAUUAUUCGAUUGUGUUUAUAAAUAAUAACCAUAAUAUCUUAUUAUAUUUUUAAUAUAAUAAGCUCAUUUUGUAACUGUUGAAGGUUUUCAAUUAUUUACCAAUUUGUAUGUUAACUAGUUUUUUCUUUUUUAUUACAAGUAGGUAGGUAAGAACAUUAAUUUGACUUCUAUUUGGUUUUCGAGCCUACUUCCUUGAUUUUGUUUUAACUUCAUUCAGUUUUUGUGCCUGUUAUUCAUUGAACAUAGGAUACAAAAAGACUGUGCCCAUUUAUGAACUUUGUAGUUAAACUUACAUUUUUAACAUAAGACUUUCUGUCAAUGUAAAUUUGCUUGUUGUCAUUAUAUAUAAUUAUUUCUAACUUAACCGUAACAAAAUCCGACUGUAAUAUACAUGUGCCAUUAAUAUAUAACUUACUGCAUUUAUUUUUAUAUCUACUUAGUUAAUAAGUACUUCAUGUUUGUGAAUGACGGUUACCACUUUCCAUUAGUUGGGCCGUCAGCUUUUUUAUCAUUCUAUCAUAAAAAAAUUGAAAUAUUAGAUAGAUAGACCUUUAGAUAGAUAUAUCAAAUGUUUUGAAUAAUAUAUUCAUAUUAAUAUUUUAUAGAUAAGAGCACAAAAUAUUGUAAUUGUAGCAUAGAAAAUGUAUUACUACAUUAAUACUUUUCUAUGUUCAUAAUUUUAAAAUUUAUAUAUGUUCAUAAACUUAAAAUGUUUUAUUCUACAUUUUAGAAUAAUUACAUAAUAUUCUGUAUUUUUCUAUGUGAUUAUUAAAAUAAAU